AUGCAAAGCUUUAAGGCGGACAUUCGCGCAUGGAGGCCGAAGAAUACGCGGUUGGCCUACGAGUCGAAGCAGAAGGAGUUCACGGCAGGUCCGAUGACGCAGGAGACGUUGAAGAAGAUGGAGAGGGAGAUGACGAAGGAGAUGGCGAAGAAGAUCGAGGAGAUGGGGUCAAGGCAAGACCAGAUGGCGCAGGAGAUGGGGAAGGAGAUGGGGAAGGAGAUGGGGAAGGAGAUGGGGAAGGAGAUGGGGAAGGAGAUGGCGGAGAUGAUGAAGGAGAUGGCGGCCAGGCAGGCAGCGUCUUCAGGUAGCCUCACAGUUCACCUAAACGCUCCGCCGCAACCACAACAGGCCAUGCCGCAGCCGCUAAUUCCGACUGCGAUCUCGAGUCACCACGCUUCCACCCGGGCUAGUGUUGAGCCUGCGUCGCGCGCCGAUUCGCCUACCAACCAACCACCAGAUGUGGCGCCCAAACAUCGGAUGUGCCGCGCAUUAAAGACGGUGGAGUCGUUGUGGCGCGAAUGGACAGUCGGCCUGCAAGGGGGCCCGUCGAUUGAGGCCCUAGAUCGGGAUUGGAGCUCACAGUGGAGGGCGGGUAGGCCGAGUGAGCUGCAGUGGUACUCGCUGCGACACGAAGCUAUUCGAGAAAUCAAGCGAAUAGCGUCCGCGAAGCGGAUUAGCGAGCACGCCGCCAUGUUGCAGGUUAACCUGCGACAGCAGCAGCUGCGCUGCUCGCUUGACCAACUCUGCAAGCGACUGCGCGGGGAGAGAAAGGGUCGAGCGCAAUAG